GUCGAAAGAAGCGCGCGAGGGUGUCGCCAUCUGAUAUCGCGUUUCCGAAUCAAUUUAUCCGUACGAAAAGAAAACAAAAUUUUGACGCGUCGAUUAUUGCCGCACCCACACACACCGCGUGCACACGGCGGGCGGGGUACCCGUGGAAUAAUCGUCGCGCGGCUUAUUCGCAUAUUCGGCAGAUCGCGAUGGGACACACCCACUCCGCGCUGCUUUAAAUAACGACAAUCGCUUUAAAUUCUCUCAAAGGUUCUGCCUGCUGCUGCCUCCAACACACGGAACUCACGUAUAUACACACAUACGUGCGUAUAUCACACGUAAUCAUUUUUUGCUCGUGGCACCGCGCGCUUUGUCUCCCCCCGAGACUAUCAGCUGUUCUCUCGGAAUUGGGUGACGCGCGCGAAACUUGUUUGACAACUUGUCAGCUGACGUCGUGAAGAAAAGAAAAAGAAAAAAAACAGCUUGGUCAAAAAAGCUCCGAAAGAUAGUGCGACGCACACUCGGCAACGCCAGUAAGAACGAUUUAAGUGCAUUCAAUGGUUAACCAAAUAGCUGUGCCGCAGGCCAAGUAUGAAUUGCUGACCGACAUACGACAACCACGCUGGAGAGCGCAAGUUCUGUGUCUCUCUCUGACAUUUCUGAUCGUCAGUGUUCUAUUUGUCACGCGCGCCUGGUCCGGCAUAUUAGCUUUAAAAGCGUCGAAAGCGGAAAGAUAUCUGGAGGAACAGAUUGACAAUGCCAAGAUUGCUACGUGGCUACGUCGGGCUUGGAUGUACGCCGAGUCGACGAAGGAGAAUCAGAAUGCGGACAGGAACACAAGCGUCAACACACCGGAACAACUCCACCGCAAUUCAACCGGCCAGGUCAUCGUUUGCUACUACACAAUACCGUGGUACCUGAACACGCUCUGGGAGCUCAGUCCGUCGCACAUUGACCCUCAUCUUUGUACGCAUAUUAUCGUGGGUUUUGCGAGCGUGGUGAACAGCACACUUGACAUCAGUCCCAACGAGUGGGUUUACAAGCAAGUGGCUGCACUGAAGAAUCGCGAACCUAAAUUGAAGGUCAUGAUCAGCGCCGGCGGAGAUAAUGAGCUCCACGACGGAUUUUCCGAAAUGGUGAAAAAUCACGCGAAUAGAAAAAAAUUUAUAAGAUCAGUAUUAAAUGUAACCAAAACGUUCGAUCUGGACGGCUUCGACGUUGAUUGGGAGUUUCCAGCGUGGUUGGGAGCUGACCGUCGUGAGAAGAUAUAUUUCGUUCAACUGUUGCAAGAACUGCGAAAGGAAUUCGAUCGCAGCGGGCAACAAUUGCUCUUGACGGUAGCGGUCGCGGCGCCGCAAGCCAUCAUAGAUCAGAGUUACAGCGUUCCCGAAAUGGCAGAACACGUCGACUUUAUAAAUCUGAUGUCGUACGAUUAUCAUUUCUACGUUUGGUACUUCCCGGUGACAGAUCUGAACGCUCCUCUUUUUCCUCGGUGUACAGAAACUGGCUAUUUGUCUACAUUAAAUGUGAAUUUCUCUGCUCAUUAUUGGAUAGCGAAGGGAAUGCCGCGGGAUAAGAUCGUAAUCGGUAUACCGGCCUACGGUCACUCGUACAAGCUGGACAAUCCGUUGAAUCACAAUUUGCAAGCUCCAACCAAUGGAUUCGGUGAGCUCGGCAUUAAAGGCUUCGUGUCUUAUCCUACGGUUUGUCAAUUUUUGAAAUCCGGAGCUGUAAGUGUUUUCAAUAAGGAGACUAAAGUGCCGUACGCGUACAAAGGCACCGAGUGGAUAUCUUACGACAACAAAGAUAGUUUCUAUUAUAAGUCUAUGUGGAUUCGUAACAACGGCUUCAAAGGAGCCAUGAUUCUGUCCUUAAAUGUUGACGAUUGGAACGGCACUUGCCACGGCACAAACGAAACUUUCCCCUUGAUACGUACCGUUUGGAAAGUACUAGUUAACGAAUCAAACAAGUAACAUGUGUCAAUAGACAGAUGUCAAUAACCAAUUCUUUAAACUGCAAUAUCGUUGAUAUCCAUCUAGCUGUUCGAAAAUGCACUCUGAAUUCCAACAAAUGCAUUCCAUAUUGCAUUCCUAUUUAAUGUUAAUCACCUUUAUGCUCUACCUCAGUUGCUCAAAGAAAAAGUAUUCUUUUGUACAAAUAAGUUGCUUACAAUAUUCGAAGCACAUAUUAUUCGUAUGCUGUAAUAGAGCAUAGCACUUGUACCUGGUUAAGUCGAAUCAAAAGUUAUAUAUAUAUGCGCGUUGUAUUAUACAUGUAAUGUGUAUAAGUAUAUAUAAUGUUUUCUACUUUGUUGUUAUUUUCAUGUUUUUCAUGAGCAAGUAAAAUAAUGUCCGUGGUAUAUAUAUAUAUAUAUACACACACAUAAUGAUAAAAUUAGGUAACACAUCGUACAGGGAUGUAUAUUAUAAAGAUUGUUUAAUUUUAAACAAUGUGCCAUGUAUUCAAAAUGUAAGCAUAGUAAGAUCCAUUAUAUUGUCUGUUUCGCGAGA